AUGGCUGCCAUAGUGACUACACAAUCAUCAUAUCCAGUGCUGCACAGACUAUCAGUCAGAACUACUGACGAUGAUAUAGAAAGAAUUGAAAAUGGAAACAGCAGGGCUCAUUCUCUGUGUGAGGACACCUCAUCAGAGCUCCAACGGGUCAUUGCAUUGGAUCCCAGAGGCCUUACUGAGUCCCGCAGAAGUUCAUUCACAGGAAGGGGAGGCAUGGCCAGGUUGUCGAGAUUUCUUUUAACAAUGCGGAACUGGGCAGUGAGACACUUAAAUCAAGAAGAUCAGCGUCCAGACUCUUUCCUGGAGAGAUUCCGAGGCCCGGAGCUUAAAGAGGUGUCCAGCAGGAACAGCUUCAUACAUUCUGUAAUAGACAACCAAAACCCAGAUAAGCUGGAGAGGUCAAAUAGUCAUUGGGCUCUUGCCGAGUUUAAUGUCAACAACAGCAACAAUACUGAUGACAAAAAGAACGACCAGAAUGCUGCCAAUGAGAACAAAGAGCAAAAAAAGGAGGACAAAAAGGAUGCAAAAAAUGAUGAUAAAAAGGAUGAUAAAAAAGAUGAUAAAAAGGAUGAUAAAAAGGAAAAUGAAAAGAAAAAAGAAAUAUUUGUGAUUGAUCCAGCCAGUAACUUCUACUACAGAUGGCUAUCAAUCAUCUCUGUACCUGUGCUGUAUAACUGGUGCUUUCUGGUGUGCAGAGCCUGUUUUGAUGAACUGCAGAACAAUAACAUUAUCCUGUGGAUGGUCCUGGAUUACAGUGCGGAUUUUUUAUACAUCAUGGAUAUAGUUGUCAGGUUUAGAACAGGUUUCCUUGAGCAAGGCUUGCUUGUGAAAGAUGCUAAGAAGUUAAAAGAAUAUUACAUGAAGACUUUGCAGUUUAAGCUUGAUAUGUUUUCACUGUUGCCAACUGACUUGGCCUACUUCAAAGUAGGUUUUAAUUACCCAGAACUACGUUUUAACCGCCUAUUACGCUUUGCUAGAAUGUUUGAGUUCUUCGAUCGCACUGAAACUAGAACCAACUAUCCUAAUAUGUUCCGCAUAGGAAACCUUGUUCUUUAUAUUUUGAUUAUUAUACACUGGAAUGCAUGCAUUUACUUUGCAAUUUCUAAAGCCAUUGGGUUUGGAACAGACACCUGGGUCUACCCUAAUAAUUCUCAUCCAGAAUAUGGCCGCCUUGAACGGAAAUAUAUUUACAGUCUUUACUGGUCAACCCUCACUCUUACCACUAUUGGUGAGACACCACCUCCAGUCAAGGAUAUAGAAUUCCUCUUUGUAGUGUUUGACUUCUUAAUUGGUGUGCUGAUAUUUGCCACCAUUGUUGGUAAUGUGGGAUCUAUGAUUUCAAAUAUGAAUGCAUCAAGAGCAGAUUUUCAAUCCAAAAUUGACUCUAUAAAGCAAUAUAUGCAAUUUCGUAAUGUAUCAAAAGAUUUAGAAGCCAGGGUAAUAAAGUGGUUUGAUUAUCUGUGGACAAACAAGAAAACAAUGGAUGAAAAAGAAGUCCUAAAGAGCCUACCAGACAAAUUGAAAGCAGAGAUUGCAAUUAAUGUCCAUUUGGACACUUUAAAGAAAGUUAGAAUCUUUCAAGACUGUGAAGCUGGAUUACUAGUGGAAUUAGUUCUUAAACUAAGGCCUCAAGUGUUUAGCCCUGGUGAUUAUAUAUGUCGAAAAGGAGAUAUUGGACGUGAAAUGUAUAUAAUUAAAGAAGGUAAGCUGGCUGUGGUGGCAGAUGAUGGUGUGACACAGUUUGUAGUCCUUAGCGAUGGAAGUUAUUUUGGAGAAAUCAGCAUACUGAAUAUCAAAGGAAGCAAAUCAGGGAACAGAAGGACAGCUAACAUUCGAAGCAUUGGUUAUUCUGAUUUGUUCUGUUUAUCCAAGGAUGAUUUAAUGGAGGCUCUCACAGAGUACCCAGAGGCUAAAACAGUGCUUGAAGAAAAAGGUAGACAGAUCUUAAUGAAGGAUGGCCUAAUUGAUGAGGAAGCAGCAAAGGCUGGGGCAGAUCCUAAAGACAUAGAAGAAAAAGUGGAGAAGUUGGAAACUGCUUUUGACAGUUUACAGACAAGGUUUGCCAGACUACUAGCUGAUUACAAUUCCACACAACUAAAACUUAAACAAAGAAUCACUAAAGUUGAGAAGAGGAUACAAGAAAAGAAUUUACUAAAUGACAACGUGUCUGAAGGAGCAGACAGUGGACCAGAAACAGGCAAGGCCGAGGACACAGACAAUGAUAAAUAG